CCAUGCUGAAUGUUGUGCAAUAUUUAAGGAAACAGAAGCGGCCACAAGACAGGUUUGUCACAAAUUGAUUUAUUUUUUUUUAUAGUUCUUAUUUCCAUUUAUUCUAAUUUUUUUUUUUGAAGACAAGAAAAUUAUUAGAAAACAAAAUAAUAGAUAUGGUUUAAAAUAUUUUUUUAAAUUGAUUUUCAUUUAAUUGUACACCCCCACCCCCCAAAUGAAAAAUCAAUAAUGCUUAUUACUGUUAUAUAAACUUAACACUGCGUGCUUAGAUUUCCCACUUUCUGUUUUGUGCCAGUGAUGAAGUACCAGAGACAGCAUGGAACAACAACUUCUGGCUUGACAUCAAUUACCUGGAGGUGGCAGGGGCGGCCCAGUAUUGUGGGGCCAAUUUUUCCACUGUUCUCUUCGCAGAAAUUUGGUGGGACAUCAAGCAGUGAGUCAUGUCUUGAGUCACCUUGAGCUGUACUUCAAAGCAACGUCAAUGUGUCCUACACUGCACAUUUCAUGAGUUAGUUAUUUCAUUUUGUGCACCUGCUGCUGUAAAUCCUUUCAUCUGCUGGGAGAAGAAUUUUUGCUUUGUUUAAAACAUUUUACCUUGAUUUUUCCCAUCAAAAAAAGGACUAAGAGUAGCAAAUGUAGGAAUAUAUGAAUCAGGCUUUCUCAACUUUUGCACUGCCUACAUAUGAAUUAUCUUUCAACUUUCCAUUUGUACUUCCUUAUGUUUCUUUGUCAUAGUUUGAUCUCUUUGUUUGUUUGUUUUUUUUAUUUCCAAUAAUUGACAAAAGUUAAUACAUACUUAACCCACAAACUCUCAAAUGCAAAUGUGCUGUGGUCUUAACUCUUUUUAGUAUCAAUAAAAUACCCAGAGACCCAUAUAAGUAUAGAUAUUCUGAGAGUAAAUUGGAAAUGAAUCAUAUGGUACCCUUCAAUUUACGACAGUUAUAUUGCAACGUUAAAUUUAAGACGGUUGAUGGGUUUUAAAAAAAAAAAAUUGCAGCUUCUGGGCUAUUUACUUACAAACAUUUUUCUAACUGCACGGCAGACAGUAUUUACUGUCAAGUGCUUGAAACAUGUAUUUGAUUUAAAUUAUAACAUCAGCCAAGUGUCCAUGUUUGUCUGAUAGAACCAGUGGCUACGACACUUCAUUCAGCAACACCAGCAGCACAAGUUCUCCCAGCCAAGAUUCUCC